GAACCCAUGUGCCAUGAUAAGGAUGAUCAGCACUAUGUCACUCGACUGCUGGUAUAGAAGGAAAAACCAUAACUAGACGCCCUAGUCACAUUUUCGGCGGGAUCCAAAGUCUCAAAAAGUACCCGUCGAUCGUCUCCGACUUCCCUUCAGAUUAUAAUUUUGAGGAUCUAUAUUCAAGCUGUCUUCAUUUACGCUGUCUAAUGGCGGUUGAGAGAAUUCUUAAAGAUGAAGCUAGUGAAGAAAAAGGAGAGCGUGCCAGAAUGGCAUCAUUUGUUGGUGCAAUGGCAAUUGCUGACUUGGUCAAGACAACGUUAGGACCAAAAGGGAUGGACAAAAUUUUGCAGUCAACAGGCAGAGGACGUGAAGUUACUGUUACAAAUGAUGGGGCCACCAUCUUAAAGUCCCUUCAUAUUGAUAACGCAGCUGCUAAAGUUCUAGUUGACAUUUCAAAAGUUCAAGAUGAUGAAGUUGGUGAUGGAACAACUUCUGUUGUUGUUUUGGCUGGGGAGCUUUUGAGGGAGGCAGAAAAGCUGGUGGCCGCAAAGAUUCACCCAAUGACAAUAAUUGCAGGUUAUCGAAUGGCAGCAGAAUGUGCCCGCAAUGCUUUGUUGCAAAAAGUUGUGGACAACAAAGAGAAUGAAGAAAAAUUCAAGCUGGACUUGAUGAAGAUUGCAAUGACCACUUUGAGUUCCAAAAUUUUAUCACAGGAUAAGGAACAUUUUGCAAAACUAGCUGUGGAUGCUGUUUUGAGGCUAAAGGGUAGUACAAACUUAGAGUCUAUUCAAAUUAUCAAGAAGCCUGGGAGUUCACUGAAGGAUUCUUUCUUGGAUGAAGGAUUUAUUCUUGACAAAAAAAUAGGUAUUGGGCAACCAAAGCGCAUAGAGAAUGCAAAAAUUUUGGUGGCAAAUACUGCAAUGGACACAGACAAAGUAAAGAUCUAUGGUGCACGUGUUCGUGUUGAUUCAAUGUCUAGGGUUGCUGAUAUUGAAGCAGCUGAGAAGCAAAAAAUGAGAGAAAAGGUGGAUAAGAUAAUAGCUCAUGGGAUUAACUGCUUUGUAAACAGGCAAUUGAUUUACAAUUUCCCCGAGGAACUUUUUGCUAAUGCUGGGAUACUUGCAAUUGAGCAUGCUGAUUUUGAUGGGAUUGAACGUCUGGCUUUAGUAACUGGUGGUGAAAUUGCAUCAACCUUUGAUAAUCCUGAGUCGGUUAAGCUUGGGCACUGCAAGCUUAUUGAGGAAAUCAUGAUUGGUGAGGACAAGUUGAUCCACUUCUCUGGUGUUGCAAUGGGUCAGGCAUGUACUAUUGUGCUGAGAGGUGCAAGCCAUCAUGUGCUUGAUGAGGCAGAAAGAUCUCUCCAUGAUGCCUUGUGUGUGCUGUCUCAGACAGUCAAUGACAGUAGGGUUUUGCUUGGUGGUGGAUGGCCCGAGAUGGUGAUGGCAAGGGAUGUGGAUGAGCUGGCUCGAGUAACUCCGGGGAAGAAGUCCCAUGCUAUUGAAGCAUUCUCAAGGGCACUUGUUGCAAUUCCAACUAUCAUUGCAGAUAAUGCUGGUUUAGACAGUGCUGAACUUGUAGCACAGCUCCGAGCAGAGCACCAGAAGGAGGGUUGCGCAGCAGGGAUUGAUGUUAUCACUGGAUCUGUGGGAGAUAUGGCUGAGCUCGGCAUUUCUGAAGCUUUUAAAGUUAAGCAGGCCAUACUACUCUCUGCAACUGAGGCUGCUGAAAUGAUUCUCAGAGUGGACGAAAUCAUUACUUGUGCCCCAAGAAGGAGAGAAGACAGAAUGUGAAAACUAGGACGUUUUUUCUGGACAAGGACAUUUGUUGUAAUGCUCUCGGUUUUCUUGGCAUUUGCGAGGCAUCAGUACCGCAUUGAUAUUAAUUUCACCGAGGAUUCCUCUUGAUUUUUUUGAGCUUCAGUUGUGUUCCGGAAACGCAGCCAUUGUUACCGAAUUCUUGCAUUUUGGAAUUAAUAGCAAUUAUAUCUCGAGUGUUUUAUGA